CCUGGCUGCUGGAAAGCCUUGCAAUUCGUACAAAUAGCUACUCUCCGGCCAACAACGCGGUCAUUUGCGCAAACCUUGGCUGGAGCUGUUCCUCUUCAAGACCUGAGUGGCUUGCCAGGCAUCCCGGCUGGCUUCUUGUCACCUUGGCUACACACCACCAUUUGUUGGCGUCGUUCUAGUUGACUCGUUCUGGUCGACUCGGGUGCCACCAAGUUGUCGAGUACACCUGCCACUGUAUGCCGGACGAGGGAGCGCCUUUGUACCUGAAGCGUGUCACUGCCAUCAUCUCCAUGUGUAACCUCUGGUGCCACCUCUGGUAUUACCGCCAUCUGCCCAAACUAGCGCCAUGGUCAUUUCGCCCACCAAAACUCAGGCCAAAAGAGCUGCUGACACUGCAUGCCCACGAGCCAACCAACACAUUGUUCUCCCCCCGGCAAAUACCGGGGGUUAAACUACGCCUCGCUCCGUGCCUGUAUUCGUAUCGAGGACUGGCGUCGCCAAUAAUGGUUGAAGAUCCCCGAGAGCUAGCUAGUAGGAGAGCUCUUGCUGCCGGUUGUCUUACCCGCUGGAUCAUCGUGCCAUGCUUGUUUCUGCCUCGAUGCGCCCAUGGAUCCUCAGGAACCGGGAUACGUACGGAUCUUUUCGCAGGCCCUGCGUUGCGAUGCACCGAUACAUUGAAUCUACUGAAAUACAUACAGGUACGAGGACAAGCAUGGAACGCAUUUCCUCCUUGAGUUGAGCACUUUGUCAAUUAUAAUUACUGGUACAGCCACCGCCAUCUGGUAGUGUCAAUCUGUGGCCGCCUCAAACUCUGACGAUUUGCCUCAUCUGAGCGAUGCGAUGUUCGCCAUGUUCGCAGCCAGCGAUGACAGAAGUAAACUUUGGCUGGACACUCGCUAUCUCUGCAUAGGUUGCAUGAGGGAAAUUGCGCAUACUCAGCCU